AUGUGGAGGCUACUCCCCAUUACGCUCCUCCGCCUAGCUUCCGCGUUUCCUACCAACUGGAACGGCACGACCACUUGUCCUCAAGAUGCCCUCUACACGUCCCUCAUUGGCGAUGGCGGCGAGUUUUGCUCGAGUGUUCUUGAGGGGAGCCACUGCGGGACGGGGUAUAGCACGCCUCCGGAGUAUAUGAGAUAUAACCAGACGCAGAUAUCAUCCUAUUGCGAGUGUAUCCUGACGGACUCGAGUGCUGUCACGACGUCGGCAAACUCUUCCAGGGAGACGACGGGAGAUAUCACGGUUACAACCGCGGACUCGGCUUCUCAGACUGGAAGUCAGAGUGUUUCGGAGACACAGUCUGAGAUGGGAAGGCCAGGAGGGCCCUUCGUCAUCUCUUGGGGAAGCAACCGGAAGUGGUACCUCAGGGACGGCAUCCAACGAGUCGCAAUCAGUGGCAACUGGUUCCAGGAACGCGACGACUGGAUCUGCCCCGUCCUCCUUUGGUGGUACCCCCUCGGGUUCAACCUGGGCGACAACGACGGGAACACCAACUCCUGGUUCCUGGAAUCAGACUCAAUCUGCUGUGUCCUCCGAAGAAGCUUCAGGUCAGGUCGCCUCAAACUCGACAUGGAUGACGACGACUGGAACACCAGGGCCAAUGACCUCUGGCUCUUGGAACAAUACACUGUUUCCUUGGUCAUCGCCAACUAUAAGUGUCUCCUGGAACUCAACCUGGCCUGCGUUGUCGUCUUCUGGGGAGGCGACAGGAGGGAGUCCCUGGAAUACUCCAACCGGCGGAUUGACUCCAACGGCGCAUGGCACUUGGAACGAAACACGAUCAGCUUCAUCUUCGAUCAACCGUCCUUGGACAAGACCAGCACCGGGUAA